AUGAGAGUGGAGAGUCUUGGAGAUCUGCAUCAGAGGCCAUCUUUCAGACAUGCACCGCUGCUGUCCGUCCAGGAUCCUCCGGUUGCCCAGACGUUGCACGUGUCUGAGCUCAGACUGGUUCUACUGGGAGGAAACAGGUUUGAGAGGAACUCAGUGGGGAACUUCAUACUGGGAUGUGAUGGAUUCACCAGAUCAUCAAACACCUAUCAUAAGAUUUAUUUUUCACUGAAAAACAAACAAAUAUCUGUGAUCAACACUCCAGAUGUUUCGUUCCACACAGCAGAAAAACUGACAGAUUUCAUUAGAAUAUGUGCUGAACUCUCUGAUCCUGGACCUCAUGUCUUCCUGCUGGUUGUUCAGCCUGAAAGUUUCACUGAAUAUGAGAAAGAUAAGAUCUACAGAAUCCUUCAAGGCUUCAGUGAUCAAUCAUUUGAUCAUUCAUUGGUAUUGAUCCUGAAGCCCAGGUUGAUGUCACGCUUCCUUUUUCAAGAUCCUAUAAUCUCCAAUCUAAUUAAGGAUCUGAUCAGAAAAUGUAGCUACAGAUGUUUAAAGAUGGAGGAAACUGAACGUGAGCAGCUGCUGAUUCGCUUUGGACAAAUUGCUAAAGAAAAUAAUGAAAACCAUGUGAGACAUAAAGAGUUUGAAGAAGCAGCAGCGACUUUACCGUCAGACGAUCAGGCUCAGAAACAACCAAGAUCCAGACCUGCUGCUGUUAAAUCCAAAGUAGAUCAGACUCUGCCACCUUUAAACCUGGUUCUGUUUGGUCCAARUGACCCACUGAAGACAUCAGCAGCCAAAGCUAUUCUAGGUCACCCAGAUCUUCCUUCAGCCUCCAACUCUUCAGAGUGUGUCAGAAASCAGGGAGAGGCGUUUGGACGUYGGGUUUCUCUGGUGGAGMUGCCUGCSUUGGRUGGAAAAGCUCAGCAGGAAGUGAUGGAGGAAUCCUUCAGGUGUGUCUCCCUCUGUGACCCUGAGGGUGUCCACGCCUUCAUCCUGGUCCUACCUGUGGGUCCCCUCACUGAUGAAGACAAGGGAGAGUUACACACCAUSCAGGACACAUUCAGCUCCAGAGUCAAUGACUUCACCAUCAUCCUCUUCACUACAGACUCAGAUCCUGAACAUCCAGAUGUUGGUAACUUUAUAGAGAACAAGGACAUCCAGGAUCUCCUCCAGAUCUGUGGAGGAAGAUAUUUAGUUCUGAACAUCAGAGACAGACGGCAGAUUGAAGGACUGAUGGAGACGGUGGAGAGAAACGUUUCUGAGAGAGAGAAAGAUUCAUCUUAUACAACUAAAACAUUAGCAUGGGGCCAAAGAGACGAUAAAAUACAGCUACAGAAUAAAGGUAAAUAUUAUGUUAAUUUAAUUAAGAUAUAAAAGAAUCCUGAGCAGAUCCCAGCAGCAGAUUGUCUCCGGAUCGUUCUGAUGGGGAAAACCGGCGGUGGGAAGAGUUCAUCAGGAAACACCAUCCUGGGAUGGAAACAGUUUGAAGCUAAAGUGUCUCAGCAGUCGAUCACUAGAAACUGUCAGAAAGCUCAGACUGAGAUCGGAGGUCAGCGGGUCGUUGUGGUCGACACUCCUGGCCUGUUUGACAACACGCUGACCGCUGACCAGGUGGACGAGGAGCUGCUGAAGUGCAUCAGCCUGCUGGCCCCGGGGCCACACGUCUUCCUGCUGGUGCUGCAGGUCGACAGAUUCACAGAGGAGGAGAAACAAACUUUGAGACAAAUGAAGAAGGUUUUUGGUAAAAACUCUGAAGAUUUUACUCUCAUUCUGUUCACUGGAGGAGACAAACUGCAGUACGAGGAGAAAACGAUAGAGGACUACCUUAAAGAGGGACGUGAUGAAUCCUUUAAGAAGGUGAUCAGAGACUGUGGAGGAAGAUAUCAUGUUUUUAAUAACUAUGAUAAACAGAACCGAUCACAAACCAAUGAACUGAUCCUGAAGAUCAAUAACAUGGUGGAGAAGAACAGAGGAAAAUGUUUCACCAGCGAGAUGCUGCAGGAGGCAGAUGCUGCUAUUCAGAGAGAGAUGAAGAGGAUCCUGGAGGAGAAAGAAGAAGAAAUGAAGAAACUGAGGGAGGAACUUCAGAAGAAACACGAAGAAGAAACAGAAUCACUGAGAAGAAAAAUGGAAGAACAGAGAGAAGAGAUGGAAAAAGAGAGAAAACAGAGAGAGAAGCAAUUUAAAGAGAUGGAAGAAAACAACAGGAAGGAGCGAGAGCAGAAAGAGAGAGAACAGAGAGAAAGAGAAAAGGAAGAGAAGAAAAGAAAAAAGGAGGAAGAACGACAAAAACAUCAGUGGGAAAAAGAACGACAAGAUUUAGAGAAAAAGAUCAAACAGGAAUCAGAAGAAAAGGAAACAAUCGACAGAAAACUGGAAGAGAUGAGAAAACAGAUGGAGGAGAAACGAGACGCCUGGGAGACGGAAAGAAAGGAGUGGUGGGAAAAACGACACCGAGAAGACGAAGAGAGACGAGAAGAACUGAAGAGACUUCAUGAGAAAUAUGAGAAAGAGAGAGAGAAAUAUGAAAAGCAGAGGAGAAAAGAUGAGAAGAGGAGGAGAGAAGAGGAGCAGGAAGAGAGGAAAGAACUAGAGGAAAAAUAUCAGAAACAACUGGAGGAAGUAAAGAGGAAGUUUGAGGACGAAGCCAGAAAACAAGCAGAAGAAUUAAAUGAGUUCAAAGAAAAAUACAAGAAAAAUUUCUGUGUUCUGAUGCAAAAACAAGAAGAAACAAGAAAAAUGAAGGAAAAACAGCAGAAAGAAAACAGAGAAAACCUUAAAGUGAAACAACUAAACAGAUGA